AUGACUUUGAAGGAGGUUGGAUCAGAUGUUCAACAACUCAAAGGAUCUUAUGAUAAACUUAGUACAGAGGUGUCUGAUGUUCGUGGUGCGGUUAAUAAACUGUCCAAACAAUUCGAAACUCUACUCAAGUUUUUAGAAAAGCCUCAACACACUCCUGAGAGAGAAGCUGGAUCUCAUUCAAAAGCUAAUGAGACUCACUCCGUUCCACCUCCAUUUUACACUAACCCUCACUAUCGAGUUCCUAAACUCGAUUUUUCACGAUUUGACGGUGAUAAUCCGAGGGGAUGGAUUCAAAAAAGCGAAAGAUACUUUAAGCUGAAUGGAAUCGAGGACCAUAUGAAGGUAAAUAUUGUUGCAAUUUACUUGGAAGGUAAAUCUGAAAAGUGGUUUUUAAAUUUUCAGGUCAAUCGACCUUGUAUUUCUUGGCCGGAUUUAUCUACUCAUUUAAUUACUAGAUUUGAAAAUCCAAUUGAAGAAAAUUUUGUGGUUAGCUUCAAUAAAUUAGUUCAACUCUCUAUUGUGGAUGAUUAUUAUGAAGCAUUUGAGUCUUUAAAAGCAUUAAUGUUAAACAUGAAUCCUACUCUUACUGAGGAUUAUUUUGUUAUGAGUUUUUUGAGUGGUCUCAAGGAGGAGAUUGGUAAGUCUGUGUCCAUGUUUCAACCUGAAACACUUACUGAGGAUUUUUCACUAGCUAGACUUCAGGAGCAGAAGGUCAAUCUAGCUGCUUCAAACACCAAACAGUUUACUAGAUCUUUCCAUACCUCUUAUUCUUCAAACAGACAAUAUUCUUCACCCUCAUUCCCACCUAAACCCAUUUUAACUUCACCCAAAUCCACACCUCCAACACCAAAAUCUUUUUUCACCCCUCAGUCCAAGCCUUCCACUACAAGCCCCACAAUUAAAAGACUCACUCCUGAGGAGAUGCAAAAAAGAAGAGAUCAAGGGCUUUGUUAUAAUUGUGAUGUUGUUUACAAACCAGGCCACCUUUGCAAAGGGAAACAAAAGAUAUUCAUGUUACAGAUGGAGCCUUCUGACUCACAAGAGACCGAGGAAGAUGAUGAUGUUUUUGAGGAAGCUGUGGAAUCACCAGUUCACUUUGACAUGGAGAUUUCAUUACAUGUUCUUACAGGUAGUACCACUAGCUUUAUAGACGGUACUUUAGCUGCUAAAAUCCAUUGCACUAUCAAUCAAACUGCUCUUAUGAUGGUGACUGUAGCCAAUGGUGACAAAACUGUGAGUGUUGGUAUAUGUCCUAAACUGCAAUGGAGUAUGCAGGGCCAUAAAUUUUCUAAAUAUUUGAGAACCUUACCUUUAGGGGGCUGUCAUAUUGUGCUUGGAGCUGACUGGCUCAGAAAAUUGGGUGAGGUGCUAUUUAACUUCUCUAAGUUGAGUAUUUCUUUCAAGCACCAUAACAAGAGAAUUAUAUUACAAGGUGCUCCUCCAUCCACUUCCUUACUCAUGGAACCUACCAAACUUCCACCUCAAAGAAGUUUGGAUCACAAAAUUCCAUUGCAACCAUUUUUAACACCAGUUAACCAAAGAGCUUAUAAGUUCCCAUACAUUCAAAAAUCUAUAGUUGAACAGCUUGUGAAAGACAUGCUUAACACUGGUAUAAUUCAACCUAGACACAAUCCAUUUGCUUCCCCCAUUCUAUUGGUCAAAAAGAAGGAUAACUCUUGGAGAUUCUGUGUUGAUUACAGAAAACUCAAUAGCAUCACCAUUAAAGAAAAAUUCCCCAUUCCAAUUGUGGAUGAAUUAUUAGAUGAGUUAAAAGGUGUCAUUAUUUUCACCAAGAUUGACCUUAGAGCUGGUUAUCAUCAGAUUAGAGCUCAUGAUUUGGACAUAUUCAAAACAGCUUUUAGAACUCAUCAAGGGCUUUAUGAGUUCAAGGUCAUGCCAUUUGGCCUGAAAAAUGCACCUGCUACCUUCCAGGCUCUAAUGAAUGAGAUUUUUUAG